AUGCCUUCCCCAGCAACUCACUCGGAGGAGGAUGCUACGCGCCAUGGCGCAAAGCCGAUAUUCGCCUCGGAGCGCACCAGAGAGGCAACCGCCGCCCCAAAGAUACCAAGCCAAGCUCCUCGCUUUACCCAAUAUUUCCCAUUAGGUUAUAAGGAAGCGUUUAAUCAAUGGUGGGCCACGGUUUCGCCAGCAAUCGCUGAGCAUAAUGUCCUCUCCUUCGUUCCUCACCUCCGCCAGCCUCCCACCCAUACGCAGACGGGAACUUAUGCUACCUCGAGUGAUGAGGCGCCAAUGUCCUAUAACCCUGAUCCCAACCGAGCUGCAACUCCGGUGCGGACAACCUCAAUGAACGACCCAUUCGGGCCACGAUCCUGGCGAUCAAUGAUGGUCCAACUAGAUGGCAAGAACCGAGCCCUGAACGAGUUCUCCGUCGAGAGAGAAGAAGAAGAGGUGGAGGAGAACCUAGUCAUGCUUCACGGAUACGGAGCAGGCCUGGGCUUCUUUUACAAGAACUUCGAGGGCAUAAGCCGCGUUAAGGGCCUGAAACUAUAUGCUCUCGAUAUGCUGGGAAUGGGCCGAAGCACACGGCCACCUUUCAAAGUGAAUGCAAAGGACCAACAGGGCAAGAUUACAGAAGCUGAGAAUUGGUUCAUUGAUGCAUUGGAAGAGUGGCGUGUCCUGCGCAAAAUCGACAAAUUCACGCUUCUCGGACACAGCAUGGGUGGAUAUAUGGCCGUUGCAUAUGCGCUGAAAUACCCAGGCCACUUGAACAAGCUGAUCCUAGCUUCUCCAGUCGGCAUUCCAGCAGAUCCCUACGCAACGAAAGCAGAAAUACCUGACCAGUCUACUAUUGAGAAUGAAGUCCUUCAAGACCAAGAAGAGGACAUUGUAAACAAGCCGUCGAACGGGAGCAAUGGUGCCCGCAACGGCAAGAUGCAAGGAACUGUGGAAUCAACUUCGGACGAUCCACCUCGCCGCCGAAUUCCGAAGUGGGCAAGCUACCUCUGGGACGCCAAUGUGUCCCCCUUCAGCAUUGUGCGUUGGGCAGGACCAUUGGGCCCUCGAUUUGUGUCAGGAUGGACAUCCCGCCGCUUCAGUCACCUCCCAGAAACCGAGGCACAAGCCCUGCACGAGUACGCCUACUCUCUCUUUAGGCAACGUGGAAGCGGCGAGUACGCACUCGCCUAUAUCCUCGCACCCGGAGCAUUCGCGCGUAGUCCUCUGAUCAACCGUAUACAAAACGUGGGCAGGCAACCUCUCGGGCUCUCCAGUGCACCAUCAUCGGCUGCGGAGCCUGUAAAGCGAGAGACUGGCUACCCGGUUAUCAUGAUGUACGGUGAGAAUGACUGGAUGGACGUUGCGGGCGGGCUCGCAGCGGAACAAAAGCUUAAGGAAGCUAAGGCCGCAGCGCUAGCGACGGCGACUCCUCGGGAGAAGCAGGAAGAGCACGGGAGCGCGAGGGUGGUAAUAAUUCAGAAAGCUGGGCAUCAUUUGUAUCUAGACGGGUAUGAGGACUUUAACGAGGUGAUACGGAGGGAGAUGGAGGAGACGAAGCGGGAUCUGAAGAAGCAGAGGGAGCAGAGCGGGGAACUGUAG